AUGCAUGGAAGAAGAGCAAAUAACUCGAAAGAUGAAGAUUUAAAAUUAGAAAAGGUUAAAGAAUUAAUUCCUGUAAUGAACGAUUUAAUAAAAAAGAAAAGAAGAAAUACAUAUGAAAAAGAAUAUAUAGAAACAACUUCUAUUAUUUUAAAAAAAUGUCCUUAUAUACAAACUUUAUGGAAUUAUAGAAGGGAAUAUUUUGAAUCAAUAAAAAAUGAUUAUAUUAAAGAAAAUAAAGAAAAUAAAGAAAAUAGUAUAUCAGAAAAAGAGGAUGAUAGGAAAGAUUUCCUUAAAAAAAAUUUAGAUGAAUUAAGAAAAAUAAUUAAAAAUGAAAAUAUAAUGGUUGAAGAUAUUUUAAAAAAAUUUAAUAAAUGUAAUGAAUUAUGGUUCCAUAAAUUAUGGUUAAUAAAAUAUUCCUUAAAAAAUAAUCUAAUAAAUGUUACUGAUCUAUUAAAUGAGUUAGAAUAUUGCAAAAAUUCUUUUCUUAAGGACGAUAGAAAUUAUCAUUGUUGGAAUUACAGAUCUUAUAUAAUAUCAUGUAUAAAUAUUUCUCAUAGAAAAUUAGAAUAUGAAGAAAAAGAAAAUGAUGAUUCAAAAAAAGUGAAUUCUGAUUUUAAUGUUUAUAAAGCCAAUUAUGAGUUAUCAAAGGAAUUAAUUGAAUUAAACUUUUCUAAUUUUUCAGCUUGGUUCUUGAAAUACUCAUUAAAAGAGUCAUUAAUUGAUACUAAAGAAGAAUUAUAUUUAAUUAAAAAUGCUAUUUUUACAGACCCAUUUGAUCAGAGUUUAUGGGAAUUCUAUAGAUGGUUUCUUUUUCAAAAUGGUAACUACGAAGAAGAAAUAUUUUUUGUUCUUUUAAAUAAUGAUUGUUUCUAUUUUUUUUUUCACAAUUUAAUUAAAGUAAAUUUAUCAAAAUGUAAAUGUUAUAAUUCAAAACAUAAUGAAAUAAAUGGUAUCUGGGAUAAACAAAUUAUUACCAUAAAUAAUUCAAGCAAUAAUUCAGAGUCUUAUAUAUAUUUUUUUAAAGUUAAUAAAGAUGUAAACUUAAGUGAAAUUAGAUAUCUAAAAUUUUUUAUAUAUUAUUUUAAAUAUAAUAUAUAUAAUCCUGAUAAAAUAAAUUACGAAAAAAAUAUAUUACAAGAUUUAAUAAUUGGUCAUGAUUACUUAAAUGAAGAAAAUAAAUUUGAAUACGUUAUUAAUUAUGAAAUCGAUUUUCAAAAAUUUUCAAAAAAUAAUAAUUUUAAAAUAUUAUUAGACUAUAAUAAAAAAAAUCUAUUAAAUAAUGAAAUAUUUCGUCAAGUAGAUCAUAGAAAUAAAUAUUUUAAUUUAUAUAAAUAUAUAAAUUGUUCUAGUAUUGUUUUAAAUUUAGGAAAAUUUACUGAUUUUAAUUUAUUAUACUCAGAACUUGAGCAAAUUAAUGAAUUAUUAAAUUUAGAAAAUAAAUGUAAAUUUGCUUUGAUUACAAAGUUUGAAAUAUUAAGAAGAUUAGAAAAAUUCAAAGAAACAUUUGAAGUACUUGAAAUGUUGAAAGAAGUUGAUUAUACUAGAAUAGAAUAUUAUAAAGAAAUGGAAUUAGAAUUAAAAAUAAAAAAAAGAAUACAUGAUUAUUACUACGAUUUAGAAUUAGAGCAUAAUAAUAAGAUAUUAGAUUUAAGUAGUUUGGAUAUUAAAGACCUAAUUUAUCCUCAAAUGAUUGAAGCAUUUUUUAUAUCUAAGAUUAAUUUAUCACGAAAUCUCUUAUCAGAAUCAUAUACAGGAAAAUUUGCAUUAAAUUUUUUAUAUAAUUUAAAGGAAUUAUAUUUAGAUAAUAACCAAAUAAAAAAUUUUACUGUUCUUAUGAUGAAUUUAUAUAAUCUUAAAUUUUUAGAGAAGCUUGAUGUAAGUAACAAUACUUUAAUAAAUAUAAAUGAAGAUCUUGAUAAAUAUGAAUUUAUAAUAUUACCAUUAUUGAAGUAUAUUAAUAUUAAUAAUAGUAACCUUUCUAUACUUUUAAAUGAUAAGUAUAAAGAUAAAAACAAAAUAAAUACUUAUGACAUUAUCAGGGAUAAUGGAAACAUAAUUUUAUCAAAAAUUUAA